GUCAUGGACGAUGGGGGAACCCUAGAGGAGGAAUGGUGAUGGCACAGGAUCCGGUGGACCCCAGCGCCCGAGCCAAGGCGGGUUACGGCAGGGUAGUCUCCAGGCCCUUCCACCCUCGGUUCGGCUCCCCGAAGCCCCAUGCCCGGGUUAGAGGUCACACCAGUAGCCCCUGGUCGGCUUGCCUGACUCCAGGAUCGCUAGGUCCCUCCGAAUCCGCCGCCACCAUAGAGACGACGCACUUACGCAGGCCGAUGGGCGGGGCGAACCACCGGAACCCGCGGCGCGCGGCGCGGUUGCCGGGGUAACUGUGGACAGGGCGAGCCAACCAGCGCACAGCGUGGUUGCCGGGGCGACCGUUAGGCGGCGGCGGCCGCCGGGGCGCAGGGAGCCGUAGAAACCUCGAGGUUGAAGACAAGAGGCAGCGAUGGCACACGAAAGCUCGAGGCAGGCCCGAGAUCGCGGGGCGACCAGAUCCAAGGCGGAAAAGGCGCGGCCGCCUGCUGUGCCAGUGCCCCAGGUGGACAUCGUUCCUGGGCGGCUCACUGAGGCUGAGUGGAUGGCGCUCACAAUGGUGGAGGAGGGCGAGGACGUGGUGGGGGACAUCUUGGCAGAUUUGCUGGGGCGUGUCAUGGACUCUGCCUUCAAAGUCUACUUGACCCAGCAGUGCGUCCCAUUCACCAUCAGCCAGGCCCGGGAGGCCAUGCUGCAGAUCAUCGAGUGGCGUUUCCUGGCUCGAGAUGAGGGAGAGUCUGCAGUGGCUGAGGACCCCACCUGGGGAGAGGACGAGGAGCCCUUGGCAAGCACAACAGAUGCCUGGGCUCAGGGAUCUGUGCCCCUAAUGCACGCACCAGCCUCGGUGGAGCUGGAGGACUUCUUCCGAUGUGAGGACCAAGGGAGCGUCGACCAGAUUUCUCUAGGCAGAGCGUUGAUGGAUGGAGGCUGUGAGGAGCAGAUGGAAUCCUCCAAGCCAAGAGAGACGCUCAGCCCUCCACCCAUCUCAGAGCUGUUUCAGGGGGCAGGCCCCAGGGAUCCUUUAGAGGAACUGGAAGACCAGGAAGGAGGCCGCCCAUCUUCGGCAGGGUCCAGGAACAUGAACCUCCAACAGCCGUCAGCCUCUGUGAAGAUCGUGGUGGAGACAGUUCCCCCUGGGAGCCCCCAUUCUUCUCUGGAGCAGUCCCUGGCAGCCAGCUCCCAGGAAUCGGCAGAGAGCACACGGCCCCUCAGCUCCCAGUUGUCACUAGAGAACCUCUAUUUCUCGCCCUCCACUGAGGACCUAAGCGAGCAGGUGUUCAAGAAGGGCGAGAAGCCCCUUGCUGCCUUGGACCCCAUCAUAUUCGGCCCCUCCCUCCAGCAGCCUUGGUGGAUGGGCUCACAGCUGAGAACGCUUCCCCGUAGGGCGGGCCACAAGGCCUCGGUGCUGCCGAGCCAGUGGGUACGCCCAGAAGUUGAGGUUGUGGAUACAGACACUGAGGUGCGCCCCCUGGAAAUCUACCGCAGGCCCCCCCAGGUCAAGAAGACAGAGGCCCUGGCCAGACGCCAAGCGAAUGACUCCAGUUGCCAAGCUUUCUGCCCGCUUCCUCCCAGCGGUCCUUUCCCUACUUUGCGCCCCGGCUCCCAACUUCCCCCCUUAAGCUUAGGCCCAUCAUCACCAUGCUCCCAGUCUAAGGGGCUCUUACCGGGCCCAGAGAGCCGCUUUCCUGAAAAGCACCUGAAGGCCUCCCAAAUGGCCCGCAGCCGCAGCCCCAGCCCCUGCACGUGGCCAGGUGCGAAGUGGCCGAGGGGCUGGGAGAGGGAGGCGGAGUUGCUGGAAGAGCUGUGGGCCGGCCGCAGCCACGUACCUCGGCAGGGCCACCGGGACCAGGAGGUCCAGGAUCCUCACAGGUGGUCUUACCUUGAACCCCAAAUCCUCAAGCCCACGUCCCAGGUGAUGUGGCAGCCAGUAUUGCUGCCGGAAGCCUUGAAGCUGGCUCCUGGUGUGAGCAUGUGGAACCCAACCACACAGGUGCUGCUCAGGUCUGGCCCACCCCGGCAGGAGGCCAAAAAAGGCUGUACCUCUCCUCCCAUUGAGUUGCACCCCAUCCAGACAGAAGCCCAGGUGACCGGGGCACAGCUAAUGAAGAGCUCAACCUCCAAAGUGUGGUCUCUCCCCUCCAAGAUCCUGCCCCAUUCUGAGCCCUGAACCUCAGCCAGCGGGAAUCCUAUCUUCCUUCCGUCAGCUUGCCAAAAAUAAACACCUGAGUUGCCUUAAGAAUUGGCCUGGUAUCUCUGUCAGUUUCUUCCAAAGAUGUGUAUUCUCGCGGAGCUGGAGAGGAGCAGUGGUCCUGGCAGGCCCAGAAGAAGAUAGAACACUGGGUCCAGGAAAUAAACCCAUUUGCACCCAUAGGAGACCCUGCUUCAGGGCCAAGGCUACUCUCCAGCAGAAUUCUGGAGAACCAUUCUCUCCUCACGAAAGAGCAGAGGGAUGUAAGGGCUGCAAGUGGGGCCUACCUCAGUUGGGAGAACUUAGUUCCCUGUGAGUUGGGGAGCAAGGGAAUGGCCCCGCUUGGGCAUAAAGUGAUUCAAGACAUGAGGAAUUUGAUUUCUUGCUUCCCUCGUCCCUGGAACUCCGUCAAUUCACUUUAGAUACAAAUCC